AUGGAGUUAGCCGUUCCUAUUAUGGCAGUGUCAUGUGACCUGUUUACGAGUUCGAAGAAAGGACAGUUGCCAUUCGUUGAGCUGAAUGGCAAAGAGAUCCCCGACUCGAACUUCAUCAUAGAAGAUCUAACGAAGCACUUCAAAAAAGAAGGUUUCGACUCGCACCUUAACCCUGUUGACAGGGCAGUAGCCAGGGCUUUUGAGUCGCUAGUCGAGGAUACGAUAUACUGGGUUGUGAUGUCGCUGCGUUCGGGGCACGUCGACCAACUAUUGAACGACAAUGCGAUGCUGCGCAUAUUUCCGGCUCCGCUGCGACCGGUACGCGUUAUAGCAUCACGAAUGAUGGCUAACAAGCUGAAAACGAAAAGCUUCCACCAAGGAAUCGGACGUCAUACUACGACCGAAAUAAUCCGCAUUGGUCAAGAGGCUUUACGAUCUUUUUCCGUUUUUCUCGGCGAAAAGGCGUAUCUCAUGGGCGAUAAGCCGACAAAGGUAGAUGCUGCUUCGUUUGGUCAUCUCAGCCAGUUGUGGUACACUCCAAUCGAGACUGAUCUGAAAAAGUACCUGGAGUCGGAUUGUCAGAACGUAGUGAAGUAUCUGGAGCGAAUCAAGUCGGCUUAUUGGGCAGAUUGGGCUGAUCUGUGUCGUGUUCCGGCAAAGCCGGUCAAGGAGAAAUCGGCCGAAAACACCGAAGCGAAGGAAGAGGCGAAUGUCACGACGGAUAAAGGCAAAGCUACUGACAUAACGGAGCAGCAGGAAGGCAAGCAGGAAGAAAAGAAAAGUGAAGAGAAGCCAGACGAGAAAGCAAAAGACACGUCCAUCGGCACGAUUGCGCCUGUUGCCGAAUUACCAGCUCCACAGCGAGUUGCUGUAGAAGCACAGUAG